AACACUGGGUGUAUUUUUAACCUAACUUUCACUACAAAAAUGUAUGGGGUAUAUGAAUGAAAUAACAGAAUAAAAAUAUAACUGUACAAAUCUCUGUAAAACAUUUAAAACAAAUGGAGACCUUUGAACUGAUAAAACAGGGCGCUGAAGCUAAAUUGUACAAAGGAAUUUAUUUAGGAAAGCCAACGGUUGCUAAAGAAAGAUUUGUUAAAGAAUAUCGACAUAAAAGUCUGGACAGUUUUCUAAGUAAAGAACGAAUGAAGGCUGAAGGUAGAGCUAUAGUUCGAUGUAAAGCGAGUGGUAUAAGAACUCCUUCAUUGUAUUUGGUAGAUUUCCACAGGAGAACAAUAUUUAUGGAAUAUUUCGAAUACAGUAUUUCCUUGAAAGAAUUUAUAGAAGAUUCAUCAGUAGAAGUAUUGUUUAAAGUAUCAUUAGACAUUGGUAAGAUACUAGCAACUAUGCACGAUGCUAGUAUUGUGCAUGGUGACUUAACUUCAUCCAAUAUACUCGUAGUGAACAAAAAUGACGUACACAAAUAUGACGAUUUAAAUGAAUUAUACUUUGUUUUCAUCGACUUUGGACUAGCACAUCUCGACUGUAACACAGAGGACAAAGGAGUGGAUUUGUACGUUUUGGAAAGAGGUUUAAGUAGUACGCAUAAUAUAGCUUAUAAGAUUUUCCCGAAGAUAUUGGAGGGUUACCGAAAUCAUUGCACAUCGGGAUAUAAAGAAGUAUUUUCCAAAUUUGAAGAAGUGAGAGCUAGAGGCAGAAAAAGAACCAUGGUGGGGUAAUAAUAUAAAUUUAUUUUUGUAAUUUUAUAGCUCUUGAAAUAUAAUUGUUUUUUUUUAAUGAAAAUUUAUUUUUAAUUAGGUGUGGCUGUAAAUAAUGUGAUACGAAUGAUUUUGUAACAAAUAUAUUUAAAAAUAAACCAAAAACAAACGCUAACUUGAUUUCGACGAUUU